AUGUUUCUAGACAUUGAGGCAGGUGUUACCGACGAAGAAGAGGAAGAGCAAGGAGAAUUUGAAGACGAGGACGAACACGAGUGUGAGGAGCAAAUCUACAAUGAUGUUGAGUCGUACGAGGCAGUUACGCGACAUUCUCAACUCAUGCGAACCAUCGAUGACACCGGUGAAGACUUCUGGGAAGACAUCCUAGCACAAGCGAGGCAACAAGGGCAAAGUUCAUCGGUGAUGGAGACAUUGAACAAUCAGGAGGACUUGAGACUACGAGAGAACGAUAUGAUCUUUGAGAUUGGGUGUCUAGUUGGCCACGAGGAAAGUGUUGCAUUCAAGGUUCUUUCUCUGGCGACACACCCAACCUUUCCUCAAACUUUGGCUCGUUCAAUUGUUGCGCGAAGCACGAUUCCUGGCCACAUCUACACCGAGGUUGACGAUAUGACUCAAGCCCGUGCACUCGCCCGCCGAAUUCCAGAGCUCAACACGAGCAAUAUCCACCCCGUCUCGUUGGAUGAGCGAACCGACAUGCUCACUCGGAGUAGCCCCUACAGGCUCAAAGAUCAGAAAUGGGUUUGGGUCCAUGAUAAACGGGCCAAAUGGAAGAAGUAUCUAGGGGAUACCGGCCUGCUCAUCAAAAGACUGGACAGCUUUUUGGUUGGGUUGAUUCCUCGGAUUGGAAAAGAACCCCGUCCACCACAAGCACUCGCGCCGCAGGACGACAUGGUCGAAACUUUCGGAAUUCAUAAAGUCAAAGCCUUGGAGACACAGACGCAAUAUAUAUUUCAACAGUGCACCUAUACCCGAGAUGGAAUUCUGUUAGUACCGACCAAUGAAAUCGACCUUGUAAUCUCUUCCGAAGUCCUCCCUUGUCACCAUGAGUUUGCAUUAUUUUGUGGUUCUUUGCUGCUUGAGGACACGGCGCGUUCGAAAACCCUCAGUCAAGUGGCGCAGAAACACCUUCAGCUUCACGAUUGGGUCAAGGUCAUCAGAGGCGAAUUUGCUGGUGUAUUGGGAGAGGUUGUUGAGGUUGGUACCGAGGAGGUUUUGUUGCGUCUUCCAUCCCAGGACAUUGUUGCCCCCUUCAGCGUCAUAGAGGUCCGCCCUCAUUUCAAGGUUGGAGAUCAUGUCGCUGUCACCCAUGGCGAUCACAAGGGCUCCAAAGGGUGGGUGACGUUUGCCUAUGAUGAUAGACUUGUCGUGCAUAUUGCUCCGGAACAAGAGGCGAGUUUCGUUUCGUCUGUCUUCUCUGUUCCUGAUGUGUUUUAG